AUGGUGCGUGCAGACGUAUCGACGGCGGAGGUUGUGCAUGAAGCUUCGGCGGCAGUGCAGACCGGCAAUAGCUCCAACGACCAGGACAGUACUGUGGAUAAAGCGCUGGAUACGUACCGAGGGGAGCUGGUGCGUGCCGCACUCGCCGCCGCGGUUACCGCACUCGCUCGAGCGAUUAGAGGGGGCGCGAUUGAAGGCGUUGUGAGCCGGGCAGCGGCUAUAGUGGAAUGCAUGGGAGCGCAGAUCGCGUCAGAUCUGUCUCCAUCAGCCCGGCAGCGGGUCGUCGGUAUCUCUGGUGAUGUGGCUGCUUAUGUGCGGGCUGCUACAACCCAGAUGAAAAUGUACACCGAUGUUGAGGUGAGCGCAGCCAUUGCGGACAGCGUGACGAGGGUUCGUAGCGCCGGUCAAGCGCUCUGCAGUUAUGUUCGAAACGCCAUGCACUCAGACCCCAAAUUGAAGACUACGUAUCAAGAACGUGAGAAGUAUCGUGCUGUCAGUACUGUUCACCUGAAUCACUGUUACUGGCUG